GUCAGCUCUGACACGGUGGUGGAAGUGUCGUCUGGCUUCCUUUGUUUUUCAACCCAGAGACGGAUCGCCACUUCCCCCCCCCCCCCCGCCCCCCGACGGUGAAAACAUCUAUACCCAUGCACGACAACACACAAAUCGACGACGACGCGACACACACUCGACCGUAAUCUGAGACGCCCUGCCCUCUGCUGCCGUGCGGGCCUGUGCAGGCAUGGAGCCCCUGACAGUAGACGAUGACAUCUGCAUCCUCAAGCACGAGACGGCGUACGGCGUGGCCGGCGAGAGCCCCGUGUCGGUGUGCGCCGGCGACGAGUCGGUGGCGUCGCACUUCGCCCUGGUGACGGCCUACGAGGACAUCAAGAAGCGCCUGAGGGACACUGAGAGGGAGAACACGCUGCUGAGGAAGAGGGUGAAGCAGCUGGAGGAUAAGCUCUUCAGGCCGGACGCCCCCCCAACCGAAGGCCCCCAGUACGUGAACAAGGCCUUCAGUGCUUACCGAGGCAUCUACAUCGAGAAGGAGGACCUGCAGCUGGAGCUCAACAAAGUGAAAAAGGAGCGGAGUGAGAGUGAGCGGCAGCUGAACGAGCAGCUCCAGGCCAGAGAGAUGGAGCUGCUCCAGCUGAGGACAGAGAUGGAGACCAGCCAAGGUACAGUGAUGAAGAGCCUGACCAGCCCCCAGGACUACUGGCAGGUGGAGGGGGCCAACAGCGAGCUGCAGAUCCACAAGCUGCAGCUGGAGCUGGAGAGGGUGACGCUGGAGAACGGCAAGCUGCUGGAGCGCUACGGGGAACCCCAUGGCCUCAACGGACCGGACUCUGAUCAGGACUCCGACGUGGCGUACAACAUAAGGGAGAGGGGCAUGCAGCAGAUGUACCAGGUGCUGUGCGGUGAGAUCUCCCGCCUCCACGCAGAACUCAAGCACCAAUCACGGCUGGUCAGGCAUCUCCGACCGCUGCUCAACGACAACCGAGAAGGUGCCUCCGCGCUCCCCAUCCAGUGCCUGGACGACGUGGAGAAGAACAACAACAACCACCACCGCCGCCGCCAGCACCCCCCCCUGCUGCGGGUGUCCGUGCCUCACCCCCCCACCACCGCCUCCUCCGGCUCCAGCACCACCCCGGCCCUCGGGGCCCCGUCGGGCCCCCCGUUGCUGGACGGACUACGCGAGGACUGCUGGUACAACGGGCCGUGGCCCGGACGUCCCAGCGCGGCCCCCCCCACCGCAGCCGCCGCCGGCACCAACACCGCCGGGGGCGCCGGCCCCGGCUGCGAGGCCCCCCCGGAGAGUGGGGACCCCAGCUCCGUGCUGCUGCCCCCCCCGCCCCUCAACCAGGCCUCCCUGGACGACAGCUCCCGCUCCUUCCCCAGCCCCCCCAAGCCCAGCGAUGCCCUGUUCUGGGAGGGGCACUCUGCCGCCUCCGCCGCCGCCUCCAGCUCCUCCUCCUCCUCCAUAGGGAGCUGCACCCCGCGGAGCCCCCCCAACGCCGAGUGGGCCAAGCCCUACUGAGCCCCCCCCGAGGGACAGAUGGGUGGGGCGAAGGAGAGGACGAGCGAACCAUGGGAUCCUUCGGCCCUGCCGCAUAGCUACCACCUCACCUGCCUUACGAUAAGAACAGUCCUCUUGACCAAACUGGAUUGAACUGGAUCCACUUUGCCGGAUAGGGGCGCGGGGGGGGGGCUGUCAUGAGUCACUGCCCUUAGAACAUGGCUCCCCUUUGUGGUCGGUCUUUUCCCACCACGUCGGUUGGUGGGGAACACGUCUGACUUCUGACUGAUAAAAAGAACGAAGAAACUGGGUGUUAGGUCUGCGCGUGCAUUUUAUGUUGCGUGUGUGUAUGGGAGCCUCUAGUGUGUGUGUGUGUGUGUGUGUGUGUGUGUGUGUGUGUGUGUGUGUGUGUGUGUGUGUGUGUGUGUGUGUGUGUGUGUGUGUGUGUGUGUGUUAGUCCAGAAUUAAGGGUGCUUCUAGUGUGUGUGCGUGCGUGUAUGGGUGCCUCUAGUGUGCAUGUGCAGCUGUGUUUGUGUGUGUAUGUGUCUCUGUGUCUGUGUGUGGGUGCCUCUUGUGUGCGUGUGCAGCUCUGUGUGUGUAUGGGUGCCUCUUGUGUGCGUGUGCAGCUCUGUGUGUGUGUAUGGGUGCCUCUUGUGUGCACGUGCAGCUCUGCGCGGGGGCAACUCCUCGCCUGGCAGUGUCCACUCACCUAAUAAAUCUCGACAGGGCUCUACACGCCUCUCCAUCCAACGAAGGAUCUUAUAAUAGAGCUAGAACUUGUUUUUUUUUUUAACUAUAAAAACUGUACUCUCUCUCUCCAAUGUAAGUCUGUUUAUAUUGGACCGUUGUAAAGUAGAAAAGGGGGCGUGGCCUCCCGUGGUUGUUGGAUGCCCAUGUGAAGGAUGUUUUGUUUGCGUACCGUGGUGGCUAAUAUACAGUAAACCUUUUUAAGGGAAGAGCUUCAUUCCAAAGUGUAAGGAAGAAUUGAUUUAUUUAUUUUAAUCUUUUUUUAAUAGUUCCACACUUUUUUCACUAGCUGGAUCAAGUCAAAAAAACGACCAAGGCAUGUUCAGGCCAAAAAAAAACAUGUUGUUUUUUUUGGGAACUAUAAUAUGAUUGACAUGUUUGUUUUAACAGAAGCCUUUUUUUGUAAUUUAUUUGUAAUUAUUAGAUAAUAAUCACCAUGGUGGUCAAUUUCAUCAAAAAACUGGAUGAAUUUCAACUUCAACCUCACUGGUACCAAAAAAAAACGACAAAUGUAAAAGAAUUCCAACAAUGGCUCAACUGUUUACACUUUCACACAAUUCAACAUCUCAAGUCUCCUGAAUCUCAUGCCACACAUUUUACAUAAAUCUCUCAGCGCUGAUGUGGAACACCAUCAUGUGCGCUGUGGUUUUAUUUCUCUCUUCUUCUUUCGAGUGAAAUUGUAACGGGGACGUUGAGACGCAAGGCCUGGGUAUUUUAAAAGUUGUUUCGUGGUAGAAAACCUUACAUAUUUUGUGAUCGUAACCGAAAAGUAAAAACGGUUGAACUUAAUUCUUGAGUGUAUUGAAGGGUUGUCAUGCUGCACUGGAUUGUUAUCGCAUUUAUUUUAUUUUGCUUUCUCAGUGCUCCCACAAACCUUUUCGCUGUUGUGUAAUUACGAAAGUUCAUCAAGUAAAACUGUGUUUUGAAAGAAAUAAGAAAGAAUCUGGAAAGCGCUUGUAAUAAGCAAAACAAUCCUCGGACACAAUUGUAUGUACACUGCAACACUGGAACGAACAAAAAACAGCCCAUCAAGUGUGAAUACCAUGUGAAGCCUUCAUGGGUAGUAUAGAAGGACAAGGUUUCAGUCAGUAUAUAGGGGAACACACCACAAAAACGUAUCGCAGUAAACUAUAUCAAUGUAUAUGACAGGCUUUUUAAAGUAUUUUUUAUGGUUUUGUUUCAUCCGCAAAGCCAGAUUUAUGUACUCCUCCAGACAAAUUGAUUUAGCCUAGCUGAACCACCAGCCCAACCACCCUCCAGAUUUUCAGUGUGUUCAAGAGUCGUCUGCCUUUUUGGGGGUGGGGGAAGUGGUGGGCGUGGGGAUGCCUGGUGAAUAUUCAACCUGUAAAGUAAUGUGAGCCAUGGCUUUGACACGGAGUGGGAGCGCGGAGCACACAAGUCUGUGGUUGUGAAAAGAGAUUAUCGUCUGCUUCUCCUUAGGUCCUCAACUCUGGUUUGUCACACGAUCAAUGAUUCCUUGAUUUUUAAAACGAAAAAUGUUCUUUUACAGCUGCGGCAGUUUCAUACUUCUGUGAACGAUUUGCAAACCAAAAUGCAAUGUACAGUAGACAUGGAUUAUAUUUUAGAAUUAUUGCACUCAGACUGUUUGUAAAUAUGGCAAACUAAAAGAAGGAAUGAAUGAG